GCCACAGAGGUGCUCGCCAUGGCUGAGUUUGGAGAUCUUUUAACUGCUGUGGGAGAGUGUGGGCUCUAUCAGAAACUGCUGAUCCUGCUCCUCUCCCUCCCACUACUUCUCAACCCCUUCCAAAUGGUUGGCCAAGUGUUCAUGGUUGUGGAAGUGCCUCACCACUGUGACACCAGCUGGAUCCGCGCCGUGGGCCCCAACCUGACGCAGGAGGAGCAGCUGAACCUCACCCUGCCCCGUGGCGUGGACGGGCAGUUUGAGCAGUGCUCCAGGUACUCCCCGGUGGACUGGGACCUGCAGAACAUCGUGGCCUAUGGACUCAAUGACACCGAGAAGUGCAUGGAUGGCUGGGUGUACCCCUCAGAGCAGCCACCGUCCCUGCUCACCGAGUUUGACCUGGUGUGCGACAGGGCGGUCCUGAAUGAUGUCUCCCAGUCCAUCUACAUGGCUGGGCUUCUCAUAGGAGCCAUGUUGUUUGGGAUGCUCAGUGACAGGAUAGGCAGGAGGCCAGUCUUUCUCCUCUGCAUCCUCAUACAGGCUGUGUUUGGCCUGGGAAUUGCCUUUGUGCCCCAUUUCUAUGUGUUCAUGGCCAUCAGGUGUGUCGUGGGAGCUGCGGUGUCAGGAAUUAUGAUUACAGUCGUAUCCUUGGCUACAGAAUGGGUUGGGGUCUCCUACCGGACAAAGGCACUGCUGAUUGCUCACACGGCUUUCGCCAUCGGGCAGAUGACGGUGGCUGGUUUGAGUUAUGGGAUUCGCAACUGGAGGCUGCUGGAAAUUGCAGGAUCUGCUCCUAUGUUUGCCCUUUUUUUCUACAUCUGGGUGAUCCCAGAGUCAGCUCACUGGCUGGUGACCAAAGGCAGAAUCGAGGAAGCCAAGAAGGUCCUGCAGAAGGCGGCGGCCACCAACAAGCGCAGCCUCCCGCCAGAGCUCCUGGAGCAGCUGAAGCCUGAGAAAGAGGCCAAGUCUGGAAGUUUCCUGGAUCUCUUUAGGAAGAGUCACCUGCGGAAGGUGACUUUAAUCAUGUCAUGUACCUGGUUUGCAGACAGCAUUGUCUACUAUGGGCUGAGCCUCAGUGUGACAGAUUUUGGUCUGGAUGUCUACCUGACACAGCUGGCCUUUGGGGCAGUGGAGCUUCCAGCUCGAAUCUCCUGCAUUUUCCUGCUGGAGUGGUUUGGGAGGAAGAAAGUGCAGGGCAUUCUCCUGCUGCUGGCUGGCCUGAUAUGUCUCAUCCUAACUGGCAUCCCUGAAGACCAGCCCGUGGUAAUCACCGUCCUGGCCAUCAUCGGCAAAUUCACAGCCACGGCCGCUUUCUCCACCUCCUACGUCUACGCCGCCGAGCUCUUCCCCACCGUCCUCAGGCAGACGGGCGUGGGGCUGUGCUCGACCAUGGCGAGGGUGGCCGGGAUCCUGGCCCCGCUGAUCAUUCCCCUGGACCAGUACCACCAGGCCAUCCCCAUGGCCAUCUUUGGGAGCAUCCCUGUGGUGGUGGCCCUGUUCUGCAUCCUGCUGCCUGAGACCCGUGGCAUUGACCUGGCAGAUGGCACAGGGAACAACCAACCCCCAGCUGAGGAGCAGAAAACUGAUGAGUUUUUCUCAUCCAACACCAGAGAUGAUGACAGAGACUUGGAGAAGGAUGUCUGCAGAGGCUCAGAGAGCAAGUUAUGAUUGGACAGACAUCUACUAACUACCAUAAACCAGAAAGGCUGCCCACCCCAGAAAGCCUAGACCCAGUCUAGUCUGAUCCCAUCAUUCUUGAAGCAGACCAUGGAGGCAUUGCUGCCUGGAAACCGGUCUUUCAGAUGAUGUACACAAUAUCCAUGGUCACAGGGACAGCAGAUCUAUGUCACUCUGCCUUUGGAACAGAUGCACUUCCAAGCAUCCCUGAAACCCAGUGUGCUCCUGCCUGCCUGGCCUCCCAGCGUGUUCCCCAGUCCUUUGCAAGCUGGUACCCGUGGAACCACCCCUGUCGUGUUUUACAGCAAUAAAGCAUCACCAGUAGAGCGGCUGCACUGGGCAAAAGCGGGCACUGGGUUUGUCCCUCCUGCACUAAAUCCCUUGGGUCGUGGGGCCGUGCGUCAGCCCCAGCCUCAGCGUUUGAUCAGGAUGUCACUGCACCCCUGUCACACACGUAUUUAGCUUUUCUUUCCAUGUGCUGUUGAAGUUGAGUUUCUACAUGAAUAAUAUAAAUUAUGCUCUGAGUUUGAGAAGAGACACUUGUAAUGCAAUAUGUGAAUAAUAAAUGGUGUUGACUUUUUUUUUCCUACUGUUUCACAGUUGGCCUUUGUAACUGCUCUUGGCUCUGGAGUGUUUUCUACACAGAAAUUGUAAGUCUGUAAUUUAACACACAGAUGGAAACGUGCUUUGUUUCCAUCACACACAAACAAUGCAAA